AUGUCGAGUCCCGUAGAUGAACGGCGGACAUUCCAUGUUCAGGAGGACCAGAUCCACGAAAACUCUCUUUCCUCCGAUGAAGGGACGUUCGUACAAGAAGGGCCCAGCGAUUCGGCGAACAACAAGUUAAGAGUCGACACUGCCUACGACGAUGUCGCGACCGAGAAGGACGUCCCGAUCCGCACCCCCUCAUCUCGCCGCGAGCAGGCCACUCGCCUGGAGGAUGAUUUGUUGCUCCUGCAGGCCGAGCGGGUGGCCUCCCGGUCGACUCAGGGUGCUGAAGAGGGCGAGAACAAUUCGCUGGGCCGCUCACGAUCGCGCCGAACGGAGCGCGUCGAUGAGUUCGACGAAGCGACCAACCCUCUCCAUGAAGUAGCGGCGGCUUACACGCCGCCUGAGAGGCCGAACACUAAGCUCGCUGUCUUCGUGAAGCGGGUCCACCAGUCCAGCUUUAUCAUUCGCUACUUUACGUACAUUGCGCCCUUGGUCGUUAUCCUGCUGAUCCCGCUGCUGGUCGGCGCGCUUGCAUAUCCCGACAGUAACGUUGGAGGCGUGAAGCUGAUGUGGUUUUCCAUCUGGUUAGAGAUCGUCUGGUUGACCUUGUGGGCUGGUCGACUGGUGAGCAAGGCCCUGCCGGCCGCCGUCAGUGUGCUGGCCAGCAUCUUUACCAACAAUGAAAAGAAAUGGCGGGAUAUGGCCCGGCAACUGGAAAUACCAGCCGCACUGUUCUUCUGGUGGUUGGGAGUCGAGAUUUCCUUCUUGCCUACAAUGAAGAACCACCACGUCGACGGCAACACCGCAACCCGAGGAUGGGAGAGGACUGUGAACAAACUCAUUAUCAGUGCGUUCGUGUUCACUAUCCUGAACUUCAUCGAGAAGAUCAUCAUCCAACUGAUUGCCAUGAGCUUCCACAAGCGUACCUAUGCCGAUCGCAUUGAAAUCAACAAAUUCCAAAUCGGCAGUCUAACCAAGCUUUAUGCCUGGUCGCGCAGCCGCAUUACAGAAACCGACGAGGCUUUUCGGGAAAAGGAGAGCGAUGAGCCCCCCCCGAAGGCGCAAAGACUCCCAUGCGCCCACCGGAUCGCCAAGGCCACCGUCAGCAAAACCGCGAACAAGGUCAGCGACAUCGCCGGCGCCGUCGCCGCGGAUUUCACCGGCAAUGCAGUCAGGAGUAGUUCGGAUCCCCACCAAGUCAUCCUCACUUUGCUGCGUUCAACGUCGGGUUGCCAGACUUUGGCCCGCCGGUUGUACCGUACAUUUGUGCGGGAUGGCUUUGACACGGUCUUCUCGGGCGACUUGAAGGAAGCCUUCACUGACGGCGACGAGGCCGAGGCUGCCUUUGCCAUGUUCGAUCGUGAUAUGAACGGUGAUAUCUCUAUGGAAGAGCUUGAAUCUGUUUGCGUGGACAUUGGCCGCGAACGCAAGUCUAUCACCGCUUCAUUGAAGGAUCUUGACUCGGUGGUCAGCAGGCUGGACGAUGUAUUCAUGCUCUUCGUCUUUAUCAUUGUUCUGAUUGUCUUCCUCUCCUUGAUCUCAACGUCCGCUGCCGGGGUCUUGACCUCUGCCGGCUCCAGUAUCCUGGCUCUGUCGUGGCUGUUCUCUGCCACCGCCCAGGAGUUUCUGCAGUCCGUGAUCUUCGUCUUUGUGAAGCAUCCAUUCGACGUCGGUGACCGCGUCACCAUCUAUGGUAAUUCGGGUGACGCUGGCCUGGGUGAUGACUAUUUCGUCAAGGAGAUCACGCUGCUUUACACCGAGUUCAAGAAGAUGCAAGGUCAUGUGGUUCAAGCUCCCAACAGCUACCUGAACAGUCUGUUCAUUCUGAACCAGCGCCGUUCUGGAGCUCUUGCCGAAGCCAUCACGAUCGUCAUCAAAUACGGAACCACCAUUGACCAGAUCGAUAGCCUUCGCCAGCGUCUGUUGGAGUUUGUCCGCAGUGAAAAGCGCGAUUUCCAAACCAACGUUUUGACCGAACUUCGUGCUGUCAACGAGAAUUUCUCGCUCUCCCUCAACGUCGUCUUCUUCUACAAGUCUAAUUGGCAGAACGAGGGACUGCGUCUCCAGCGUCGUAACAAGUUCAUCUGUAUGAUGAUGAUCGCUCUGCAAGAGAUCGGUAUCGAGGGCCCUCGUAUGAACCUUUCGGGCUACGGCGUCGACGUUCCAUUCCACGUCUCGUACCAGAAUGCGCCUAUGAUGGCUCCACCCCCGGCGGUUCCUAUUGGGGACGCGUCUUCCACGCUGAGCGAGAACACGGGCACGAGCACCGGCCAUGUCGGUCGCCAGACUUCUAUUCUGCGCAAAGGCAUGAACACUGCAAAUGCCCGCGCCCGCGGCGCAUCAGUCUCGCGCAAGCACGUCGACUUCUCGCUCGGCAUGUCUGGCAUUUCCUCUGGUGACGUGAUGGGUGAUGUCUUCGACGACGACCCGACCAGCCGCAUGAACUCCGUCAUGAAUGCCGAGAGAGAGCGUGAAUCCGAUGAGAGGCGCAUGCAACAGAUCGCGGAAGAAGAGGAAGAGCGUCGAAGCCGGACUUCGUCGUCGCUACGCCGCCGCUCCACUUUCGCUUCCCCUGCCAACUCGGCAUCGGGGCGUCAGUCAGUCGAUGCCUCCAGCUUCCACAGCGGCACUUCAACCAGCCACCGGAACCGUUUCUUCCGCUCUCGUAGCAAUCAAGCUCACGAUCCCUCCGAUGUGGAACAAGGGACUCGGGUAGCCUCGCCAGCUCCACCCCCGCCAGCUGCCCAAGAAUAA